UAUAGCUGUGCCGGCCUUGUCAGAGGUAUAUAUAGUCCACUGGUUGCAACUGAUCUUCUGCAAUUGUAUAUGAUAUCUUCCUUGCUAAAGCAACAACAAUCAGAAUCAAAAUGUCAAAGCCAAUUACCUUGUAUGGCCAUGCCGGCGGCCCAAACCCGUGGAAAGUUGUCAUCUUCCUCGAGGAGCUCGGCAUCGCCUACGACAUGAAGAUAAUGGACUUCGGGGAUCUCAAGAAGGAGCCCUAUGAGUCCAUUAACCCUAACGGUCGUGUGCCAGCGAUCGAAGAUCCCAACACCGGUAUCCAGGUCUGGGAGUCUGGUGCCAUCAUCGACUAUCUCAUCGAGACAUAUGACAAGAGUGGCAAGUUCGCUACCAAGUCUUCACAAGAUAAAUGGACCGCGCGAGCUCUCCGUGAUUUCCAGAUGAGUGGACAAGGUCCAUACACAGGCCAAAAAGUAUGGUUUACGAAGUUCCAUCCUGAGAAAGUUCCUUCGGCAGUUGAGCGUUACGGCAAGGAGACCGUGCGCAACAUCGGCGUCAUUGAGAAGCAACUCAAGAAGAGCGGUGGUAGCUACUUGCUGGGUAACGACAUUAGUUAUGCCGAUUUGAUGUUUGUGCCUUGGUACUGGUAUAACGCAAUUACGGUGCCAGAGGGAACCGACUUGGACAAGGAAUUCCCGUCGUGGUCGGCUUGGUAUCAGAAGUUGAGUGAGAGGCCGUCGGUCAAGAAGGCGGCGGCCGAUCGGACGAAGGCUAUGGGUGGAUAGAUAUCAAAUUAUUGACCUUGAAUACACGCAAGCGAUGUAAUAAACCAUUGAUGGAGCAUUACCACUGGAGCUCUUUUUAUUCGGAGUGAUGUCUUCAUCGCGCGUGGAUGUUUUAUUGAGA